AUGAUGGAGGAUCAAGACCGACUUGCACGGCAGUAUCUCGAAAUACCUAUUGAGUACAGUAAGCCGAACGUACUGCUUGGAGACCCACAUCCCGUUUAUGAUGAGGCGGGCGAGUACAUGUUUGAGCUGUCACCAAUGACCGACGAGGAUGAACAUCACAAUUUGCACCCAAAUCCCACUACUGGCUAUUUCAACAUCUCCAUAUCUGAUAUCGAGAACUACCGAGGCCAUUUCGUCUGUAAAUAUGGAUUUACUUGUACUUCGAUUGGAGAUCGAGGAUCGUAUCUACCAAAUGAGCUCGUGUUCGGCAAAAAUUACCCGCCAGACCAGCUAAGACUUAUUUUACGCCAUGCACUUACGGGUUUGCUUCCUGAGACAAACUUCCUUCAUGACGUGGAGAGCAAUGCGCAACAAACUCCGACGUUUUCGCAUGCGUUAUCACGCCCAUGGUAUGACGAGAUACGCUCGAGACCGAUCUCGUCACAGAACGAGAUUGUAGCCGCGUUGGUAGCGCCGGAGAUUUUGCUUCCGGCCUUACAAGACCAAAAUGCUCGCGUCCCGACGCUCGAGAAGGAGCUACGCAUCGCCAAGCAAGAGCUGUCGACACAGACAGACCGAACGAACCAAUUGGAGCUGGAAGUUGACGUGCUAGUGCGUCGCAAACAGCAGCGCAAAGCACAGACAAACGCACUCAUGACAGCUAAACACACAGUCGAGAAACAGCUCGCCGCACUGAAAGAUGACCUGCUCAGUGCACAGCACGAUUAG